AGUGUCCCUUUUUUGAAAGAGAAGUUGCCAGGGAAAGAGAAGGUAGAAGAGGUUGUUUCCUCAAUAUCAGACAGAUCAUAAACUCAGCAAAAUGGACAAAAAGAAAUAGGGAUAGGAGACAAAGACCCAGGCAUAUGGACUAUGAGACAGAGAAAAAGACAUUUAGGAAAAGGUUAGAUCAGCUAUUGAAUUCAGGACUUCAACAUCAUGGGACAGAUCUACUUGGUCCAGAAGAGAAGGGAUUUAAGACAUUGAAAAAAUAAGUUCUGGAAAGAGGAGACUGAUGGGAGAGGAAAAGACUUAAGUAUUAUAAGUAGAGGGAGAGCAUACAAGAAUGUUUAAUGGAAGAAAUUCUGGAACACCAUGUGAAGUCAGGGAGGGUGGAGACCAGAAGAAGUAGAGAGUAACACUACUUUGGGACAAAUUAGAAGCAGAAUGGAGACGGUCUGGACUCAACAGAGAUCCAGAGAAGAAUGGAUUUCUCGCAAGACCUUACUGGGAUGGGGACUGAUGGGUAUUCUGCUCCUCGGCCUAACCUUGGUUUUUUCUGUGCUCCUGUUCUACACCUUCCACAGCUGUGGACACAGCCCUUGUGAGAGCCCUAGAUGUCUGGAGCUUGUGGCAAGUUAUCUGACUUCUGGAAAUGCCAGUGCCCUGCCCUGCACAGACUUCUUUAACUUUGUUUGUGGGAACUUGACAUCUGGGUGGACCAAGGAAUCCAAGAACAUAUUUCAAGUUCUAAAAGAAAAGAACCAGAAUCGACUUCGGAGAAUGUUAGAAGCUUCAGUCCCCUGGCCUCCUGACUCUGCACAAGGAAAGACUGUGAGGUUCUACAAAGCCUGCAUGGACACAGAUGCCAUUGAUGCUUCAGGGAUAGAACCCUUCACACAGGUCAUUGAGGAGCUGGGGGGCUGGAGUAUCUCAGGUAACUGGACACUUCCUGAUUUUAACCACACUUUGAAGAUUUUAAUGAGUCAGUAUGGUAGUUUCCCAUUCUUCAAAGCUUACCUGAAGCCUCAGCCAAGUUUUCCACACAUGCCUGUGAUUCAGAUUGACCAACCGGAGUUUCAGAUACCCUUUCGACCUGAUCAGAAGAACUACCCUGAGAUAUUGAGGGCAUACCUGUCAUAUCUACAGCAACUGGGAACCUUGCUGGGGGGAGACCAAAAGAUUGUGUUGGAACAUGCAUUUGUAUCUAUAAGCAUAACUUCAAAACUCCUUCUGGCUGCAAAACCCCUGGAUCAGAGGAAGAGAGAGGGCAAGCUCUUCCAAGAGACUACUAUUGCCCAGCUGCAGGAAGUGGCUCCUUCUGUUGACUGGCUGUCUUGUUUGCGGGCAAUGUUCUCCCCAAUAACCCUCAGUGCUUCUCAGUCUAUCAUGGUUCAUGACUUGGAAUACAUAAGAGGCAUGUCCCAGGUGAUAGGACAGACACCAACAGACAGAUACAGAGACCACCUUCAAAGCCACAUGAUCCUAGGGCUGGUUUCAACACUUAUCCCAGCCCUACACAGUCACUUCCAGAAUGCACAGAGGAAUCUGAGCCAGAAACUUCAAGAACUGACCGGGCAGUCUCCCAUUACAAUCAGCAUUCCUCGAUGGAAGAAAUGCACCGAGGAGACAGGGACCUUCUUUGAGCCCACAUUGGGAGCAAUGUUUGUUCAAGAAACCUUCGACCACAGCAGCCAAAAUGCUGCCACUCAACUUUUCUCUGAGAUCCAAAAUGCCUUGAGCAAGCACCUGAAAAAGCUUCCUUGGAUGGAUGAAAAAAGCCGAAGAGAAGUCCAGGCCAAGUUAUCCCAGUUGAAGGGAGAAAUGGGAGCCCCAAAAGAGUUAUUGAAAUCCAAUCCAGCUAAACAAGACUAUCAGGAUAUCAAUUUUGGUCCCAGUUUCCUUCAGACAUUCCUGAGUUGUUCCCAAUCCCUCCGAGAGAGAACCAUGAGAAGCCUUCUGGAGACUCCUCACAGACACAGUUGGAAGGUACCCCCGUGGGAGGUCAAGGCCUACUACUCCAUUUCUAAUAAUGUGGCUGUUUUUCCUGCUGGACUCCUACAGCCCCCAAUCUUCUGCCCUGAUUAUCCAAAUGCUGUGAACUUUGGAGCUGCAGGCAGUAUGAUGGCCCAUGAAUUAAUGCACAUCUUCAACCAGUACUGUGGACACACUUAUCAAGUUUUCCUAUACUUACCACAGUGGUCCCAGGGGGCUGCCCAGCCUGUGACGUUUCCACCCUGCAUGGGGAGCUGCUCUGCUUGCAGCAACACUACAAGUCCUUCUCACUGCCGGCAGGGAGCACAUUCAAUAGCUCCCACACCCUUUUGAAGAAUGCUGCUGAUAUAGGCGCCUUGAUUAUUGCAAUGCAGAUGAGGAAACUGAGACUCAGGAAGUUUGAUUGACUUACCCAACGUCACCCAGUUUCAAAGGAGGAUUUGAACCUAAGUGCUCUGAUUCAAGAGCUUGUUCUCUUUCCAGUCUACUUCAUUGCCCUCAAAUUCUUAUCUCCCCAAAAGGAAAUUCUUUGGACCUGUCCAGGGACACUACAUCUACAAAGCCCUUCUUUUACUACAACCUGUCUACUCCCAAUGAGUGAAAUGCCUUCUUGAGCAAUUCCAAUUUUCCACUAAACAUCUAGGUUCCCCCAACCCUCCACUGAUCCCUUCCUACCCCUAAUUCUCCAUUUCCAAUCUAACUAUAAAACCCAUCUUUCUUAUCCCUAAUCAUUUCCUCAAUUUCUACUCUCUCUGGGGUAGGGGACAGGAGGAAAGGUAAGAGCAGAAUCUAGAAUGAAGAAACUGUAUUGUACAUGAAUGUAGAGUAACCUAGAACAGAGAAACUAUGGGUUGUACUGCAUGUAGCGUAAUCUAGAAUAGAGAAAUUAUGGGUUGUGCUGAAUGUAGAAUGAAAGUAAAAGGGGCCAGGCAGAAUUCAAGUGCCGUUUCACAAGGUGUAUACAGGCUGAAGUAUGGGGUAAGUCAGGAAAGCUUGUAGUCAAAAGUUCUCAAGUCUGAUUUAAUUUUAGUUGCUUAAUUUACUUUAAAAUGGUAUUAAUUUCCAUUCCUCCUAAUAAUUUUUAAAUCAGUAUCUUAGCUAAACAUCUAGCUAGCAUAUACAAUAUACAGAUGACACAAGGCUGGGGUAACUAAUACUAGAAAUAACUGGGAACCAAAAAUCUCUAAACAAGGUAGAACAAUGGGAUAAGACCAAUAAGACAAAAUUCAGUAAGAACAAAUAUAAGUUCUUACAUCUGGAUUCAUAAAAACCUACUUCCCAAAUACAAGGAAGUUGAGAAAGCAUGGUUAGGAAGCAAUGAAUCAACAGGGUGCAAGGGUGGUCAAACAAGUGAAUGUGAUUUUGGGAGUGUGUGAUGCCUAGGACUCUAAGGACUAUAUUCUGGUCAAACUAAAUUAGUAGUAUGGUGUUAAGAGCUGGGUGCCAUUUUUUUUUUAAGGAAAGGCCAAUAUUGGCCUUUGAACUGGAGGGGAUGGUUAAGAGUUGUGAGAUCAUUACAUGAUCACAUGAUCAUCAAUUGAAGGAACUGGGGACAGUAAGCCUGGAAAAGAGAAGACUCGGGGGAACUUGACAGUUGUUUCCAUGAAUUUGAAGAGCCAUCAUGUGAAAAUGAAAAUUGCACUUUUUCUGCUUGUGCACAUUGGGUAGAGCUACUAAGAAUGAUGGGGAAAAGGCACAAUUGAGUAAUUCUAGGUCUUAUGUAAGGAACAACUUAUUAAGAAUCCCCAAAGCAGAGGAGGAUGACUUGGGAGGUAAUGGGUUCCUCCUCAAUGGAAUUCUUUAAGCAAAAUCUAGUUUGACCAUUAGUUUAGUAUGUCGUAGAAAGGGUGAUCUUGUUUAAGAAUGACCUAGAUGGCUUCUGAGUUCCCUUCUAUCUCUGAGAUUCUCUGCCUCUAAAUCUCAUGAUACUAUUUUUCUCUCUACCUUCAACACCAUCCUCAGGCAUACAGGAAUUGGCAGCAGACACAUAAAGGGGAGACCGUCCUGCCUAGCUUAGGCCUCAGCCCCUACCAGCUCUUCUAUCAAAGCUACGCCCAG